AUGCAAUUCCAAACUUUUCAGCUGUUGUCUCUCCUCCUCGUAACCGGUUCUCAAGCUCUGCCUCUUAUCGAAAGGUCUGCAGCGAGCGACGCAAACACCAAGCAAUGUCCCAAUUACUGCGCGGGCACAAACACCAAUCAAUCCCUAAUCCACGACUACGUAUGUGGUGACGCUCGCCUCGGCCCGAAACGACUCCCAACACAUCUACCACUCGAUAGCCUCCUCGACAUCUAUGAUCGAUUUGGCGGACUCUGUCCAGGACAAUUCCUGGCCAAGUGGUUCAACACCACAUCGGGAUAUUACAAUUACCCUCCCGUCAGCGGCUUCCAGCUCAAUAUUGCCAGCGCGCCUAUUGAGGGGACAAUCACCUUCCCCGUCGGCUUCUUGAUGGACAGAUUUGGCAGCGAAUAUGGGGGUUUUGUGAGCCCGGCCGGGGCACCGUACAUGCAGAGGGCUUUACCACCAAGUAAUUUGGAUACUCCAGCUACAGAUCCGAGAUUCCCGUACAACUAUCACGUUUAUCAGGUUUUGCAGCCGUUCAAUGCGCUUUCGGGACCAAUCGCGGCUUGGUUUGAACAGCCGGGACAGGGGGUCCAGUAUCAGCUUUCUACAAAUAUCAUGGGAUUGAUUAAUGGUGGGUUUAUCGAGAGAGUGGAUCUUUCUAAAUUGUAA